CUGUGUGUGUGUGUGUAUAUAUAUUGUGACAGUGUGGCGAUCUGUCACCCUGGAUUCUCAACAAGGCAGGUUGAGGGGCUCCAGGGUAAAGGUUUGAUAUGGAGGAAAGUGGCUUUUCACUUUCCUCCUUUGUUUGUAAGGUCCAUUUUGGGAUCUGGAGCCUGGAGAUUUCGAAGCGAUUUGGGAGGGAUGAAAUCUCCAAUCCUGGGACCAGGUUUUGCGAUAGGCCAGGAGACUGAUUGCACAGGUGUGUGCAGGCCU